GAGGUGUCUUGCCGUCCCCCUACCCUCUUAAGGAGGUUCAGGGUUUGGCGCGGCAUCUCAUGCGAUGGGCAGUGCGAGUCGAGUCUGCCACCACCGGCGAGGAGGUGGGCCGCUAUGAAGUUGCCGCGCAUCCAGCCGGACUUCCGGCCUUGCGCAUGAAGAUUGCGCAGCAGAAGGGUAUCGAUAGCAUCCAGGUCACAUUGCUGCACGAGAAUGCAGAACUGACGCAGUGGACUCCUUUGACCGCGCCUCCUGAGACCUUGCAGCUGCUUGUUGUGCCACCUGCUCAUGCAGAGCUCAAGCAACGCGCUUCGAGCCUCCUUCGUGAUCUUGAGUCGUACCCACUCGUGUCGAAGAUCCACCAGAUCAGCACGAUUGAAUGGAGCGUUAUCGGGCUGGACAGGCUGGACGUUUUGGCCAGAGUCCUGGACUCAACGGUGCUUUCCCGGCGCGACAAUUUAGUUCAGCUACUGCUGGAGAAAGAGGCAUGUGUGCAUCGACCAGGUGAUGUGCCGCAGCCUCUUCACGCAGCUGUGGCAGUCAAUCAUGUGCCUACAGUUCGGCUGGUGCUCAACGCAAGGGCAGACCCCAACCGUGGUGUGGAUGAUGAAGGAAAGCCUGCCCUGCAAUUGGCUGCUGCAGCUGGCUCCAGCGCAGUGGUGCGCCUGUUGCUUGAGAAUGGGGCUGCUGUGAAUAGCCCGGAUCUGACAGAAGCUCCUCUGCAUGGUGCUGCUGCUGUCGGCCACCUCGAAACAGUAAAGUAUCUGCUGGAGGCCCAAGCUGUGGUUAAUCAUGUGGGGAGAGGCGGAAAGGCUGCCCUGCACUUUGCUGCUGCCACUGGGGCUGGUGAUGUUGUCAGGGAACUAAUCAAGAACAGGGCCGAGGUGAACCAGCAGGAUCGAAACCGCAAGGUGUCUUUGCAAUACGCUGUGUCCAGUGACAGCGUGGAGUCCGUGGAUGCACUGCUGAAGGCUGGCGCUGCUGGGUCCGACCUGAAGAUCAAAAACCGCCAGCCCCUGCUCCAUUAUGCACUGGCAGCGAGCACGGAGGAGAUGGUUUCAUAUAUCUUGUCCCAGAAGGCAGAUAUGCAUGCCCAAGAUCCAAAGGGCAGGGUGCCACUUCUCGUGGCGGCUGCACGAUCUGACCCGAACUUCGUGAAACUCAUACGUAGCUCCACGCGACAGCUCAAAGAGGACACUGAUCAGGCGCUGUAUGUGGCAGCAGAGAAGGGUAAUGCUAGUGUGGUGCAGUUCUUGUUGAAAGAGCGGGCGGACGCGGCUGUCAAGGAUAUGAAUGGGACGACGGCCCUCCAUCUUGCAGCAGCUGGAGGCUAUGAGGUUGUGAUACGAGAUCUGCUGCAUGCCAAGGCAGAUGCCCAUUGCCGCGAUGGCAAGUCCCGGAUACCCUGGGAUGUCUGCAACCGGGCAGCAGUUUCAGUAUCGGAUUUUUAUGCCGCCCAAAUGCGAGUCCAAAAGCUCCACCGGUAG